AUGAUGCUGUCUGAAAUAAUCGCUAUUGUGCUAAAUGGCAGAUUGGAGUUAAAUCAACAACAUCGAGUGUUUUGUGUCUGGAUUAAAACAACGCGAUUAAGAUUGUUCUAAUGUCCCAAAAAAUGCCCCAAGGAAUCAGGAGAAUAUGUGCUUUUUGCGCACGUCCUCAAUACACAUUUCAAUAGAUUUUGAGCCUCUUAUAAAUGUAAUUUUCAGAUUUAAAUGAUUAUAUUCCGUUUGAUAAUAGCCACGAAUUAAACGGCCCAAUGACGUGAAUCUCCAGUUUGCCAAUCCCAGCCUGGAAUGCGAUCAAAACUCCAGUUUGUGCAACCCGCACUCUCCGAUCAGGGUGCAGGGAGGAUCCAAACCCAUCGGAUCCGUGCACGAAUCGUUUGUUCCUCGCUUGGAAAGUUGACGGACUCUUCCCACCCCCCACCCUCUACUCCGCAACGUCCUGCAUUGUUUUGCCACACACUUGUGCCUCUGAGCGCGUGGGGAUGACCUGUUUUUGUUUGGACAAUCGUUGAAGACUUUGUUUGUGUGUUGAGUGUACAAACUUUUAGCGGGUAAGGUUUAAUUUGACUGCAAGUGACGAGAGCGAGUCGACGUACACAAUCUACGCCGGAAGGUGGCGGAAGGACGCCGAAUGUCACUUCGGUUUGGGUGACAUGACGCAGCCAGUUGGAGAUCUGCUCACUUUCAAAUGGGAGACCGGUUCCGGGAGAGGAUAAAUUGCUUGACAAGUAGUGAAGCUUUGGCGCUUUUCGGAGCGAUCCUGCGGCUUUUCUUGAAUCAAAGACGAUAACAAGAGACAUGGAGCCGCUUCGGUGCGUGGGACUCGCAGCACUUUUGUGCACAGUGGUGGACAGCAAGGCCAUCCCGGAGGGCCUGCAGAGGUACAACCCAGUGCCAAUCUAUCUGCCUGUCAGCUACCGGAUCCUUAAUGCUGAGUCAGCUUUCUUCCUCCUGGAGGCAAACCAGGAUUUAAUGAGGAAUUCCAGCCUGCAGGCCCGUACAGAGUCCUUCUUCAUCCACCAGGCUCGGCAGAUGCCCUUUGUGAACGCGAGCUACGGCCCGCUGUCCGUCCAGAAGCCGAUCCCGCUGGAGAUGCUGCAGACUCAACCGGGGCCUUUCAGUUCGCCCACUUUCUCAACAGUGCCGACAUCCCCGUCACUAACGCCGCUCUUCACAUUUAACUGGAAGGUUCAUACCUACAUCAUCAACGAGAGGAUUCACCCUAGCUGGCCAAAGGUCCAAGUGUUAUUCUACAUCGCGGGGAGGGACUGGGAUGAUUACAGUGCCAUCCGAAAGCUGCCUUGCAUCAGGAUGUUUGCCUUCCACGAGACUCAAGAGGUGCGCGGGACAUGCAGGCUGAAAGGCGAGCUGGGCAUUUGCGUUGCCGAGCUGGAGCCUCUCGCGAGCUGGUUCAGCCCACCCACCGUCAGGCCAGGUCGACAGAGGAUGUCCGAGCAGGCCCAAGGUACUCCCGUGGAACUGUAUUACACGGUUCAAAGCGGCAACGCCGGCGACUGCAACGCCGAGGACUCCCGGAAAGGUAGCGCCGUUCGUACGGAGCAGCACGGGCCGAGGGGCUAUUCUGUGGGGCAUACGCCCAUGCAACGCAUCGGGAGUGUCAGGCUCUUUCAGCCGCUCUCGGAACUGAAACUGGACGGUAACUUUUUGGUCAUGGUGCCGUCCAAACCCAUCCGACAAAGAGAAAGUGUAUCUGCUUUUCUGGCUCUAUCGACUCUUUCUUCCGUGCCCAUCUUCACCCUCAGGGUGAAGCUGAAAGAUGGCGUGGCAUUCCUGGGUGCCAGAGCCAGUAAUCCGGUUUUGUGGACGGUGAGUCAAGAUGUCCGAAGUGAAGGACACAGAGUUGUCACCCUGCACUGCCGAAAAAAGGAGAACAGCUUCAGUCAAAGAGAGGAGGCGGCGGGCUACCAGCGAGUCUUGCAGGUGGAUUUGGAGGUGAACGGGCUAAUGGUGCCCGAGGGCGGUAGAGAGGUGACUUGGCAGGUGGAGUAUCCGCUCACCCGCACCCAGACAAGUGAGGUGCAGACAAUCAUCCGCCUGGCACCGCAGGACCUGGGUGGCAUCGUACCACUAGCAAUGGACACCGAAAUCCUUAACACAGCCGUACUCACCGGUCGAACAGUCGCUGUGCCCGUGAAGGUUGUCACUGUGGGAACAGACGGGGCGAUAUCAGACGUAACCGAAUCAGUAGAAUGCAGGUCAACCGAUGAGCAAGUUAUUAAGGUGUCGGAGAGAUGCGACUACGUCUUUGUGAAUGGGAAAGAGACGCGAGGAAAGAGUCGGGUGAUGCUCAACUUCACUUACAGCUUCUUGAGUGCACAGCUGGAGAUGAGCGUGUGGAUGCCCCGCCUCCCCUUACUCAUCGACGUGGCCGACCCUGAGCUCAGUCAAGUCAAGGGCUGGAGGGUUCCUAGCGCUACAGGACAGCAGAGGUAUGACAUCAAGGAGGAUGGCGACGCAGCCGAGGAGCGGAUCGACAACUCCUGCGUCGCUCAGUACCAAAGCACCACGCUGCAAGUCCUUACACAUUUUGUGUCCGAAAGUGAAGAGAUUCACGACACUGGCGACGAGGACGAGCAAGGCCAGCACAACUUCCUGUUGGGUAGCGACUGGCAGGUGGAUGUGACGCAACUGGUGAAGGACUCGCUGAGGGUGGAUGACCCAAAGAUUGCGCAACUGUGGGAGGGCCAAGUCGUAAUUGGACGAAGCGUCGGGAUGACCAAAAUACAGGUGCUGUCUCCUCUGACAUCACUGGUCCUGGCUGAGAGGACAAUCAGGGUGCUGGAUGAUAAAGUGAGUGUGACAGAGCUCGGGGUGCAGUUGGUUUCAGGACUCUCGCUGUCCCUGCACCUCAGCCCAGGGAGUAACAGCGCCAUUGUCGCCACAGCAACCACGCAGGAAGUCAUCGAAGCGGCCCAACAGGAGUCCUUCAUCAGUGCCUGGCUACAGUUUAGCGAUGGCUCAAUGACUCCACUCGAGAAUUACAACCCAGCCCAUUUCACCCUGACAGCCACCUCGUUGGAUGAGCGGGUGGUCGCGGUGCAGCGCAACGCAGCUUGGAGGUGGCCGGUCAUCGUGGCAAAGGGCGAAGGUCAAGGUUUGCUCGUCCGCGUCGAAAUGAGCAUGUCCGAGAUGUGCCAGAAUGUCAAGAAGCACGGAGGCUUGGCCACCGGGAUGGCCAACGUACAGGUGAGGUUUGGAGGACCCGAGGAGCUCUAUAAACAUUCAGGAGAGCGGCGUACACGGCCCAACGCUCCUUAUUAUGGCGGUUCUAUUUCUGACAUGGAAACGGGGCUCAUUAACCGCGGGGCUACAACCGUCAGGGCCCAUGUCCCCGUGAGGGCCAAUGGGGGGCGACUGUCUGCAGGCACCGGGGAAAAAAUCCAAAGUGAAUUCUCAGACUAUCCGGACCAGGUUGAGAAUCCGCGAAGCCGCAGCACCGAUGACGAUCUGCCCACCCGAAGAGCCAUGACGGACCUGGAGAUCGGAAUGUACGCCCUGUUGGGAGUCUUCUGCCUGGCCAUCCUUGUGUUCCUCAUCAACUGUAUCUCUUACACGUACAAGUACCGAAGCAAGCACCUGUCCCUGGAGGCCCAGGAGACGAUGCCUCAUUCCCACGACUGGGUUUGGUUGGGCCAAGAGGAGGGGCUCUGCCUGCAGCAAGAGCAAGUGGAUGAGUUGGGCGGCACACCCGAAGAAGGUAGCCAACUUUUAAACGGAGGCGCCCAGCACGGGAACGCUAGCGCAGGAGGAUGCAGGGAUCCCAGAAGUGAGUCGCUCAACUCGCCUACAACCAAGAGAAAGAGAGUGAAAUUCACCACCUUUUCCAAGAUCAAAUCCAGUAAUGGCUGUCCUGUCCUGAGUCCGUUAGCAUUAAUGCAAAGCAGCGAGAUCAAAUGGGUUUGUCCCGACAUUGAGCUCGGGGACUCGAAGGAUCUUAGGAACUACAUGGAAAAGUUGAACGAGAACGCCGUCAAGAACGUUGCCUAGAAGCCGGUCGGUGAUUCUGAGAACUUCAGUGAAACUCACCUGAAUGCCUUCGGAAUGACGAAGGGAAGUCCAAGGGAAAUAAAGGUGACAAAGAAAGUGAACGUUGGCUCUUGCUACGCGCAACGGGCGAGAACUUUGGACCCGAGACGGCGGCGAGAAAAGGACGAGCUUUCUGAGCGCGAUGUGUUCUUCGCCACAGCGCCACCACAAGGAUGAAAUGUGAACGUGAUCGUAUUGCUUAACUUCGGUGUUUGUUCUUUAUAUUUAAUUGUGUUUCCGUUUCAUAUUCUGUGCGUCCCGUACCUUUUUUUUUCAAGAUAUCAUCAUUUUAUUUUAUAAUAAUAAUUAUUUUUUUUUUGGUAUUGUUUGUGAUCCGAUUUGCUUUUCCAGAGUUGCGCUAUGCCCUGUACUGCUACGAUUGAUUCUUGGAGGAAUUUUUCUACCCAUAUAAAUGCAAAGUUUUCUUUCGCAGUAUACUAUGUACAGUAUCACUUUGUAUAAAUACAUUUUCUUUGUUUUUUCGGUUUGCCUCCAGAAACCAGAUCGAUGCAUGAUGUUAAGGAAGAAUGUGUGUUGGAUCUGGUUACCUGGAAAUGAAGGUGUGUAGAUAAGGAAUUGCCCCGGGGACGUCUUAGUAGGAUAUUAUUGCUGUCAAACAUUGUAAAAAUGAUUUUUGGGUUGGAUUCUCUUUGUUGCUACUGAUUUGAGCUGUGUUCUCAGCCCCGCCCCCAACUCCCCUUUAUAUAAUGAUUCUCAUUUGGAUUCUGUUACUUCACUCAAGGCAACUGAUUUGACCAAUUUUAAUCGCAUACGCCUCAAUUUAAAAGUAAUAAUAAUAAUAAUUCAGAGCAUCCUAGACAAUCUGUUAUUUCUAAGAAAGUCACGCCGGUGUACUGUCAUGUAUGACAUAUUGGAUUCUUGAAAACAAAACAAAAAAACAGUCCUAACAGUGAAUAAACAAUCACCAACUGUGAAAU